AUGAGGGACGAAAACGCGCGCCUGGCCUUGGAGAAUGAGGAACUUCAAGCCCAAGUCGCCUUGGAAAAGAGGCGGCGCCAACACGUCGAGGCGACCUUGGAGAGAGUCACCGCAUUCUGGCGGGUCGCUGAGGAAGACGUCACGGCUAAAAUCAAGGAACUUGACGAAAUCAAGAAGUCCAAGGACGGCGAUCAGGACGGCGAGUCUGGCAAUAGGGUCUCCCACAAAGGCAACGUCAAGACGAACAGAGAUCAUAUCGAGCAGGAAAACACAGUCGAUGGAUUUGGGGGACGAAGAAAAUUCGUCGGGAUUCGCAUUUAG